GUUGCUCGACGAAAAAAGUCGCGUGCGCGCGUGCCGUUCCGAUCGCUCAGGAUGUCACUCAGACGGUACUCCAUUGGUCAGGGAGUCAUCGCGUUGGUUCGAUGAGAAGACGGAGCAGACUGGGGAAGCAAAACACCCAUAGCCAACAUGGAUUCCCACGUCGGUCUUGACUACAUUGUGGAUAAUCCUGAUUAUUGCGUCAAGCUCGCUUCAGCGUUGGAAACGGCAUGCCCAUCCGUGAAAAAGCAAGUCGUCGAGUUGCUGUCGGCGUUGUGCGUUUACAGUCAGGAUGGCAGACAGAGAGCCAUCGACACUCUUCACAUAUAUCAGGAACGGAGGAGCGAGCGUUAUCGGUUGCGAGUCGUGGUCGACGAGUUGCAGAAAGCGACAGCUGAGGAUUACCAGACGGCAUUGUUGGCGUUCAUAAAUUGUUUGGUCAUCUCGACGCCAGUGCUCAAGGAUCGCAUACGUAUACGUAACGAAUUUAUUGGUCUCAAACUUCUACCGAUCCUCAACGAGCUGCGAAAAAGUCACGCGCCGGACGUGAGGGUGCAACUGAACGCGUUCGAUGAUCAACGGGAAACCGAUGAGGAACUCACCAAUCACGGGCCGCCAGGGAUCGAUCUCUCAUCUCACGUAGACGUCUUUUACGCCAUUCUCGGCCAAGUUGCAGACACUCCGCAGGAGAUACCCUUCUUGAGCAUCCUGCAGCAUCUGCUGCGGCUGGACUCUAAAGACGCCGCCAGUGAUCUAGCAUGGGACACCGCGGAAACUCUGGUGCAUCGAGCCACGUUGCUGGAAAGUCGCGAGGAUGCAACCAAGUUGCUAAGGUCGCCUAGUCUUCAAACGAAUCUAUGCUGUCACUGUCGCGGCGCCGAUCAGAUCUGUGGAACUUCACGGAAGGCGUCGUUACCGGCGAACAGCAACACGAUAGCACCGUUGCCGCCACCGCCACCACCCCCGGCUCCAAACCUAGCUCCAAAUCCGCCAACCUUCGUCCUGCCACCCCCGCCUCCGCCGCCCCUCUUCGCCAACGGCGCCGCUAUUGCCAUCCCCGCCGCCGCUGAUGCACCAAUGGAUCCGCCGAUGCCACCACCCCUGCGCGUGCUUCCUGUCGCAUGCGCACCUACCCCCGAGCCAGCCAAUAAUUACGCCAGACUACUGCCACAACAGGAAAUUCCCACCCCCCGAACGAAGAUGAAAACUAUUAACUGGAACAAAAUACCUAAUCAUAAGGUGAUUGGUAAACGAAACAUUUGGUCUCUCGUGGCGAAUGAACAUCAGAAUUCUCCGAUGGCGGAUUUGGAUUGGGCCGAGAUGGAAGGGUUGUUUUGCCAACAAGUGCCGCCAAUGGUACCACCGUCAACCUGUUUCUCUUCGUGCGGCAUCGGCACCGAUGUUGAACGACGUCGCCGAGAACCAACGGAGAUUGCGCUGCUCGACGGAAAAAGGAGUCUAAAUGUGAACAUUUUCUUGAAACAAUUUCGAAGUUCAAACGAAGACAUAAUUCAAUUAAUCAAGGAUGGUGGUCAUGAUGAUAUUGGCGCGGAGAAACUACGCGGUCUCCUAAAAAUACUGCCGGAAGUGGACGAACUCGAGAUGCUCAAGAGCUUCGACGGCGACAAGUCGAAGCUCGGUAACGCCGAGAAAUUCUUUCUGCAGCUUAUUCAAGUGCCAAAUUAUAAACUACGCAUCGAGUGCAUGCUGCUGAAAGAAGAAUUCGCCGCAAAUAUGAGUUACUUGGAGCCAAGCAUCAACUCAAUGAUACUCGCUGGCGAGGAUCUCAUGACGAACAAACCCCUGCAAGAGGUGCUAUAUAUGGUUUUGGUCGCUGGAAACUUCCUCAAUUCUGGCGGUUACGCGGGCAAUGCAGCAGGUGUAAAGCUUUCUUCGUUACAAAAGCUAACGGAGAUUCGUGCAAACAAGCCAGGGAUGAAUCUGAUACACUACGUAGCAUUGCAAGCUGAGAGGAAACGGAAGGAUUUAUUAAAUUUCGCGAAAGAUAUGACUACUCUAGAAGCAGCGACCAAGACGACAAUCGAACAAUUGACCAACGAAUUUAACAGUUUGGACACGAAAAUUAAAAAAAUCAAGAGUCAAAUUCAGCUCUCUUCGACCGAAAGUGAUAUACAGAGGCAAAUGGCGCAGUUUCUACAGAUGGCCGAGCAAGAAAUGGCGCAAUUAAAGAGAGACAUGGAAGAACUCGAAGGUGUGAGACGAUCGCUCGCAGAAUUCUUUUGCGAAGAUACAAACACAUUUAAAAUCGAGGAAUGCUUCAAGAUCUUCCAUCAAUUUUGCCAGAAAUUCAAUCAAGCAAUCGCGGAGAAUGAAAGACGACGUAUCCAGGAGGAACAAGUUCUAGCGCGUCGUAAACAGCGCGAGGAACAAUUACUAGCGAGAAAACGAUUGUUGAGCAAUCAAACCGAGACACCAGGCUCAGAAUCAGAGUCUAACUUAAUGGACUACGGGUUCUUUGAUCUCCACACCGGCUUACUUCAGAGAAAUACCCGUGGCGAUGCUAAGAUGAAGAGAUUGCAGAAUGGCGGCGUUACGUCGGAUGAGGACGUUUCCGUCGUUGGAUCACCCAGCAUUCGGCGUCGUUUAGGAUCUUGUUCCGGCGGACCUGAUCAACAAUCUACCAAAGAAGAUACUUAUUCGCCAGAUAUCACGCCCAAUGGUACGCUUCGCCGGCGUAGGAGCAGAAUACCCUGUGAAGAUGAUGAUGGCAAUUUAAUGGAUUUCUUACGAACAUCUGGUCAGGAUAACACCCGAGAGAGAAAAUCGUGGGGAAGUUUAGAUCGAUCGUGGGCGCGAAGAGCUCGCGGACAAUCGCGAAGAGGAGAUCUUCUAAACGCCGAUUUUUCGGGUGAUCGGGAACGACCGAGCUCGCCGUCUCCUCUCGCAGAGAACAAACCGUUCCUGCAAGAGGAAGUGAAGCCAACUGGGAAAGCUUGGCGACAAAAGAUCGAGGCAUGGUUGUCGGAGAACGAGAAAGAGGAUCGUGCUGGCAAACAACUUCAAAGAAAAGCAAAACAGUUACACCAAGCAAAUCGACGAUCCUUCGAAGACUCGGAAACCGAAGGCAAAAGUUGCGCGAUGAAUGCUUUGGCGGAAGAUCAACCCAUGCACGAAGGAUUCUCCGAAGUUUUCGAUUGGCGACCAUCCGUUGAAAAAACGGAUGUAAUGCGCACAAUGGAGGCCAUUGAAAAAGCUCAACCGCUUUUGUCUCAGGACAAGUCUCCCUGGCGAAAGUCGAGCUUAAAUGUACCAAAUAGUAUGGAAGAGACUGAUCCGCGUUAUUCCCGCAGACUUAGAUCGAGACACAACACGGAGAACGCUCUUGUCCCGAGUACAUUGCAGGCGAUAAGAGAAGAAGAUAGAAAAAAGAACAAGACCAGUGAUGCGAUCAAUUUGGAUACUCAGGAUGAACUGACGAUCUACCUUCGACAACCCUACACUGGUUCGCAAGUACCUGCAGCUCGGCGAUUCUCGAAGCUCAGUAAAAAAACUACAGAUGAAAAUAAAAUCAGUGACAAAAUUGAGAUCGACUCGGACAACAUCGAGACGCCACCAGCGACCAGACGUUUAUUCAGUCCGCCGAAGGAGGUGAAACCCGUGGAGAAAGAACCCUGCAAAAGGGAACGUUGCAGCAGCUCCCUUCAAAGUCGAGAAACGAAAGCUACGAUUCUGAAGCCUAUCGGCUCUGUCAUGGAUCUCGGUACCGGUAAUUUUGACAGGUACUCGGCGACACGACGAACACGCAGAUACAAAAAGACUCAAGAUUCUGCAGGAGACAAGUCGGACGCGUCGAGUCCCGAGCUGGUCUACGACGAGAAGCCGCAGCGGCCCAACACUUUGCCCUUGGCUGAUGAGCAGGCGCGCGAAGAAGAGGAUGCAAUGUUGCGCGUUUGGCAGGAUAAACUGAAGCGACGUGACAUCGGCUCGACAAUAUCACGUGACAUUGACGCUGCGCUGGCGGAGAUCGCGCGUUCCGGUGAAGAUCUUCAACAUUUAUCGCAUUCAACGACGACCACAACAACGACAACGACAACGACAACGACAACGACAACAAGCACUCACAGAAACUCGAGACUUCCGGUUAGUCAGCCGCCGCCGGUAGUGGCAGUGACCAACACCGUGCUGAGCCCAGUGAUGCAAGAAUCACGGCCACGUGAACCUAUCACGGUGUUUGCCGAGAGGGCAGUAACGAGUCGCGAGCGUCAUCGAAGCAUGAUCGACCCAAGUCAGGUAAAGGAAGCCGUCCGUCUGACGAGCAACCCUCCUAGCCAGGUGAACCAGGAGCAAGAGUCCAGGAGUUUCUCACGAAACGGUACAUUGCACUUGGAUGGAAAACAUGAGCGAAGCAACGUACCCAACACUACGAAGAGUAGAGAGCACAUGAGCUCGAAGGACAAUGAUCUGAAAAAGGAGAUCCAAUCUGCGGAUGAUCCACACGAUCGCUCGGUAACGCGGCAGAGCUCCAUGUUCCGCAACAAAUUCAUCCCCGACAUAAACGUGACGUCCUCGUCAUUGGCAAAUCCAUCAUCUGGCAAAGGCAAAGAUCAGGAGUUGAAUGAUGAGGGCUUCGAAGAAACGCAGAGCCUUGUGUCGGAGACCCUGAGUCAAGAAACGUCCUCGGGCAAUUACGAAACGGACACGCACGAUUCAACUCGGUGUUCGCCAGCGGAGCUCGGUUAUGGCGGUGAGUUACAUGGUCGCCGUAGCAUCAUGGCGGUGGACGACGACGACUUGGACGGCCGACAGAAACCAACAACGACCAAAAUAUUCGGCAAAACAAGGGAGACCGCGUCGACGAGGACCUCUCAGGAAAAGUCCAGCUUUCUGCCGAAACGCACGAGCGACAAGCGCGAAUCUACGCCAAGGAAAACGGAAUCCUUGAAGAGGGUCUCGAAUGUCGUUCGAGUUCCGAGCAAUACGGCAAUGAUGAGAAACGAAGUGCAACGUUCGGGUUCUAGAAGCAGUCUGCGCAGCUCUCGGAGCUCUCUGAACAGUGCCACGUCCGUCAACACGGUAAGAAAUUUGGCCGCUAAUCACGCGCACCUUCGCAACUACACCUCGGCUAUCCGCGCUCUCACCAACGACUUGAGGAAGAACAGUCCGUCGAGCAGUCCAGUGCCGCCGUCGAAGGACUCGUCCGUCGACAAGAGACGACCGAGUCCUCGUGUCGUUGGCAUUAGCAGAAUACCCGCCAGUAGAAGCAGCAGCAGCGGCAGCAGCGUCGGGCCCGCAGCGAGAAAUGCCCGAAAGGCACCAGCGGUAGUGCCUGGUAUGCCAAAAGUGACCAAGGGCCGACCGAUCAGUUCUCGCAGCAGCAGCAGCGGUAGUAGUGUCGGGCAGCAAUCGGUCCUAGGGAACAGACCGAUUGGCGACAAAACAUCAGCUACACAGAAGAGCAGACUGAUGCAACCGCGAGCUGGAUCAAAAAGUCACAGUUUCAUGAGGCCUACGACCGCCAGUGUCAACAAAGGUUCCAUACCGAACCUUCCGAAGAGUAUCAAAGCCAUGAUCAAGUGAUAUUUCUCUUCGAUAAGAGAAGCCAUUUAAAUAAUAUUAUCAAAAAGGCGUUUUUUUAACAAUUAUUAGAAUAAUAUUACAAGUAACAAGCCGCAGCAUUAUGUAGGAUCAGCAUCAGCAAAGUCGGGUGUUUGGCAAUUGCAGUUUGGCAAUUAAUAUUAGAGUUGUAACAAUGAGGAUUUUGAUAGUUAGCUGGUCGUAAGAUAGUCUGCACAUGAGAUUACGUAGCAACGAUUCUUUUAGCUUAUUCAUCGUCUUACAGCGUUAAGCCGGAGUAAUAUAUAUAAGACUAUUCUUUUCUCUUUCCAGUAUACCUUACUAUCACACCAAACAAUGCAAGUCCACGGAUAAGAAAACGAAAUCAAAUCUAUUUUCAGCUUUACCAUGCGAUACCCAUGUUAUGAUCGACAAAACUUUAAGGAAUAUUUUAUGUUUGACACCAAAUUGUGUGUCUGUGCGUGCGUGCGUGUGUGAGAGUCUUCCGUUAAAUAUUUUCUAGAACAUAUUCAAAGUAUAUGUAAUAUAUUGGAUUAAUGUGCCUGUGUUACAUAUGUAUGUACUCGUAUGUAUGUAUGUAAUUCUUUUUGUUAACAGAAAUAAAUCUACUGUAGAGUAUGUCCGACAAUAAAUUAACAAAUUAUAUAAUACAA